ACGAACCGCAGGCUAAUUAAGGAAACGAAACGAAUCGAAACGGAAAGCUGUUCGCACGGCGAGAAUAGUCUUCAACCCACACGCUGACGAUGCCGGCGACACGUAGACAUUUAAUUGCACUCGUUGUGGUGACAACAUUAGCCUGCCAGCUCUGUGCCGCCCAGAACUCCACGUUUCUGGCCACAAUUUUCAGCUCGAACAACACGCUAGAGACGACAAACGGGACGCGCCACAACGAGACGAUCACGAUCAACAUCAGCGAGGUGAUUGCCGCCGCUGAGGCGGAGGCAGGCACGGAUACCACCACACCAGAUCCGGCCACGGCAACCACGGAACCUGAUACCAGCACCGAAACAUCUAGCACGUCCCCAACAACAACGACAACCACAACAGUCACUUCAUCCACAUCAUCCACAUCCAGCACACAAGCAACUACAGCUGCCCCAACCACCGAAGAAUCAUCCACAGCUGCAGUGCAGACAACAACGACAGACACUGCAAAUGUUACUGCCACCACACAGCCAACAGAAGCCACAACAACAACAGCCCCACAAGACACGACAACCAUUGCAUCAGACCCAUCCACAACCACACAAGACACAGCUACAACCACUCUGUCGAGCACAACCGCAGAGCCACUCAUAACCACAGAACUAACCACAGCCGCUCAAGAAGCCACAACAACAAGCACACAAUCAUCGAUAACCACAGAAGCCACAAACAUUACAGAUUCAACGAGUGCAACAGCUGCAACGACUGCAACAGCUGCAACGACUGCAACUACAACUACAACGACUGCAGCAGAUACAACAACGAGUAGCAGUGAUGCAGCGAGUACCACCGAUGCAACCACGCCGCUGGCCUACACCGUGUACACAAUGGAACCCUACGCGGCCAUCGUCUAUGGCACAAAGUCACGUAGGCUGCGCAAGGGUCGCCGCGGUGGCCGCAAGGGAAGGAAGCCGCGUCGCCGCACCACCACAACCGAGGGACCAGGAGGGACCACCACCAGCACCACCACAACGACCACAGCCAGAACCACCACGAUCAGCAAUGAUCUGAGCGAGGACUACGAUGAUGGUGGUGUGGCCAAUAGCGUGCUGGAGCCGCAGCUCGGUCUGCCCCUCGAUCUGGGCAACAUUCACAAUGUGCGCAUUUCCCAAUAAGGGGGAACGCCCAACGAGACUGAGAAAGCUUUUCUUUUCGCAUAUAUUUUCACAAAAAAUACACAAAAUAUUUUAAAACUAUUUAAAAGACUUGGAAACUGCGACUGCAAAUGUGACAGUGUCACAGUGUCAUAAUUGCAGCAGCACUUACUCGUAACUAUCAAUGAGCGUGACUAAAGCGAGAUCACUAAUGGUGCGACGAGAAUUGAACUCAGUACAGUAAACACCUGUGCCAAGGGGCUAUCUUCUAGAAGGGGCUAUAGCUCCGGCUAGAAACAGCAAAAAAUAAGAAAUAUAAUAAACUAGUGC